CAAUGGGGCACGUGGGCUGGGGGGGGCGGGCUCCGGGCCUGGCAUCCCGGUAGCUGCCGCUGGCUUUUCCGGCACCCGCGCCCCUUCGACCCGUAGCGGACCCCCUCCGGCUCUCGGGGAUCGCCCCCGGGCGGCUGCGUCCUCCGGGUGGGCCUCAUAACCCACUGGUGGCUUCUGCCUGCUCUCUGCCAUGGCCAGUGAGAACUCUCCUCUGCUGGCCUACCGGCUCCUGGGGGAUGAGGGGGUUGCCUUCUCUGCCAAUGGGGCCGGGGGUCCUGGAGGGGCAUCUGCCCGGAAGCUCUCCACUUUCCUGGGUGUGGUGGUGCCCACGGUCCUGUCCAUGUUCAGUAUAGUUGUCUUUUUGAGGAUUGGGUUCGUGGUGGGCCAUGCUGGGCUGCUACAGGCUUUGGCCAUGCUCCUGGUCGCCUACUUCAUCCUGGCGCUCACCGUCCUCUCUGUCUGUGCCAUCGCCACCAACGGAGCUGUACGGGGGGGUGGCGCCUACUUUAUGAUCAGCCGGACGCUGGGGCCUGAGGUUGGGGGCAGCAUUGGCCUCAUGUUCUACCUGGCUAACGUCUGUGGCUGUGCCGUCUCCCUCCUGGGGCUGGUGGAGGCCGUGCUCGAUGUCUUCGGGGCCGACUCCACGCGGUCCAGUGGGCUUCAGGUCCUGCCCCAGGGCUAUGGCUGGAGCCUGCUCUACGGCUCCCUGCUGCUGGGCCUUGUGGGUGGGGUCUGCACACUGGGUGCUGGCCUCUAUGCCCGCGCCUCCUUCCUCACAUUCCUGCUGGUCUCUGGAUCCCUGGCCUCGGUGCUGGUCAGCUUUGUGGCUGUGGGGCCCAGGAGCAUCACCUUGGCCCCUCGGCCCGGCCCCAAUGGCUCCUCCCUGCCGCCCCAGGUCGGCCACUUCACUGGCUUCAACAGCAGCACCCUGAAGGCCAACUUGGGUGCUGGCUAUGCCAAGGACUACACCACGGGGGCCAUGAUGACCUUUGCCAGCGUCUUUGCCGUCCUUUUUAACGGCUGCACGGGCAUCAUGGCGGGGGCCAACAUGUCAGGGGAGCUGAAGGACCCCAGCCGGGCCAUUCCUCUGGGCACCAUUGUCGCGGUCACCUACACCUUCUUCAUCUACACCCUGCUUUUCUUCCUCUCCAGCUUCACCUGUGACAGGACCCUGCUGCAGGAGGACUACGGGUUCUUUCGUGCCAUCAGCCUGUGGCCCCCACUGGUGCUGAUUGGUAUCUACGCCACGGCGCUCUCAGCCUCCAUGAGCUCACUCAUCGGGGCCUCCCGCAUCCUCCACGCUCUGGCUCAGGAUGACCUCUUUGGAAUGAUCUUGGCGCCGGCCAAGGUUGUGUCCCGAACAGGGAACCCCUGGGGAGCUGUGCUCUAUUCUUGGGGCCUAGUGCAGCUGGUGCUCUUGGCUGGGAAGCUGAAUACAUUGGCCGCUGUGGUCACUGUCUUCUACUUGGUGGCCUAUGCUGCGGUGGACCUGUCCUGCCUGAGCCUGGAGUGGGCCUCGGCCCCCAACUUCCGCCCCACCUUCAGCCUGUUCUCCUGGCAUACCUGCUUGCUGGGGGUGGCCUCCUGCCUGCUCAUGAUGUUCCUCAUCAGCCCCGGGGCCGCCGGCGGCUCCCUGCUUCUCAUGGGCCUGCUUUCUGCCCUGCUCACGGCUCGAGGAGGCCCCAGCAGCUGGGGCUACGUCAGCCAGGCCUUGCUUUUCCAUCAGGUGCGAAAGUACCUGCUCCGGCUGGAUGUCCGGAAGGAUCACGUGAAGUUCUGGCGGCCCCAGCUGCUGCUCCUGGUGGGGAACCCCCGGGGAGCCCUGCCUCUGCUGCGGCUGGCCAACCAGCUCAAGAAGGGGGGCCUCUAUGUACUGGGCCACGUCACCCUGGGAGACCUUGACUGCCUGCCCUCUGACCCUGUGCAGCCCCAGUAUGGGGCAUGGCUGAGCCUGGUGGACAGAGCCCAAGUGAAGGCCUUUGUGGACCUUACCCUCUCGCCCUCUGUGCGCCAGGGAGCUCAGCAUCUGCUGCGGAUCUCUGGCCUUGGUGAGCUACUCCUCCCUGGGUCCCCUCAGCCCCCUCUGUGGCCCCUUUCAAUCUCUGCUACUGUCCCCCAGAAAGUAAACCACAAACUGCAAACUCCGAAAGGAACUCAGGGUCCAGUUCAGAUAAGAUGCAGUGCUCAGGUUCAAAGAUAACAGAUGGUGGGAAAGUCCUGAGGAGAUGUUUAAGGACUGGAGAUGGGUGCCACUGACGCUGUUUUUUUUUUUCCUGACCCCAAAACUAGGGCACAGGUUCUGAAGACCAUGUUGUGUGUCUGGGGACAAUGGGAGAAUUAUUUGAGGCUGGGGGGCUGCUCCAUCAAAUCUAGGGCAGAUGGUUUCCAGCCAUCCAACUUCAAGACCACUAUGCACUGAUGUGGCCGGUGACACGAUGGUAUCUCAGCUGGGGCUUGGAAGGGGCAGAGAAGGAAGGGGUGGUGUGACAUUGGCCUCCAGAGACCGCAGAGGAUGCAGAGGGUGUGUGGGGCUGAUGCUUUCUGAGCGAGUGUUUGAUUCCCUGCUUUGUUACCCUGCCUUAGUGCCGCGGCCUCCAGCCUUGCACCCCGGCUUCCUGCAAACCCAUCCUGAGCUUCCACCUUCUUUCUCAAUCCCAGGCGGGUGUCAGCCCCCUCCCUGAGUGCAUACUCCCUUCUCCACUUAGCUCUGGCUAAGGUUCAAGUGUUGGACAAUAUCCUGUUCGGUGUAAAUCAGAACUCUGGACGAUGCUCAGGAAGGGGUGACUAGUUUCAUUUGCAAGAUCGGCUGGAGUUCACGGCCGCACAGGUGUUUUGGGCUGUUGGAGAGCCUGGUGUCUCCUCAGCCCCACCCUCUGUGGGGGAAACCGUGCCGGGAGACCACUAUUUUCUGCCACAUUUGUCCUGGGAAAACUGAUUCAAAUGAAGGGAAAGGAUUUCCUCUAAAUAGUAAGUCCUCCUGGAGUGUAGAACUUGAUUUACUGGUGGAUUUUGAGCAACCCGUCUGUUUCAGGAGAAAUAAGCCUUAGACACGAUCUCAGAGUCUUUCUGUAAAUUCAGCCCUGUUAAAGUGGGCGUUGGCGGGGGGGCUAUCCAAUUUCACAUUGUUCAAAAAUUUAAAAACCAGGAACUGUCAGCAGGGACCUGGGGCAUUGUGUUUGCUACACACAACGCGCGCACACACAGGGGUCAGAGGCUCAGAGAAUAGGCUCUGGUGCUGGGUGCCUUGUGUUUACCUGCGGACCCCAGUAUCUUCUGACCGUGAGCCUUGGGGCAAGUGACUUCAUUGCUCUGUGCCUCAGGUUGCUUAUCUGUGAAAGGGAUGAGUAAAGAGUCCCUACCUCAUCGUGUUGUUCCAAGAAUCAGAUGAGUUAAAACACAAAGUGUUUUCAAUAGGACCUCGCCCUUGGUUAGUAUGUGCAGAUGGUAGCUGUUUCUUCCCCGGGGACCAGGCUUUGGAGGCCCUGCAGUGGUAGGAACAGAUCAGGCCCGUUCUCAUCCUCCCUCAGCAGAGGCUGGAGUGCUCUUUCCCUGGGGAUUGAGGCCAUGAGCUUGACUGUUGUCUACUCAGGGGGUCUGGUCUGCCAGUGGAGUCAGACCCUCAUCUCCAUCAUGAAAAAGGUGUGCAGCUAGGAGCUUGGAGCAGAGGCAUCCUACUGCCGUGGACCGGAAGUGCUCGUUAGUUAAGAAGAAUUGCUCCUGAGGCGAACUUUCGCCUUGUAUUUAAGUGGGGGGAGAUUAGUCAUGCAGAUGCAACAAAUAAAUGCAUGCAAAAGCAUUUGGGCAAACUAAAAGUCAUUACGCAAACAUGCGAAACGUUGUUGCUGGGAGAGCCCAAGCAUGGUGCGAAGGCCAUACCUGAUGGCUGACGUGUGUCGCUGUCAGCGUGUCCGAGUGGGUGCAUAUUAGCGUGGGGUAAACUUGGCCUGUAAGUCUGAUUCCUGUCGGUUCCUUCCCACCUCCCCCUCUCUGCCCCCAGGUGGCAUGAAGCCCAACACGUUGGUCCUGGGUUUCUACGAUGAUUCUGCACCCCAGGACCACUUCCUGACAGACCCGGCUUUCUCCGAGGCUGCUGAUGGCAUCCAGGAGGGUGGGUCCCCAGCCCUGAGCUCCCUGUUUCCUC